UUUAAUUUCUUAAAAUUGAAUUAAUGUUAUUUUUUUAAAAUAGUGUUUAAUAGAUAGUAACGGAUGAAAACUCUAGGAUGAUUCCCAACUUAUGACUAACGAGAUCUACCACGAGAAGUGCAGAAAGCUGACUUGGAUUUUGACAGCCACCAUUGACUUGACUCGUGUUUUCAGUCAUUCGUUUCCAAUUUCUUCCUUUCAUAUUUAUCAUACUUCCAUUCGUAUCUCCUCAACACAUCGUCACUCUCUUAAGUCUAUUGCACGUGUUUUCUUCCAACGCGAAGAAACUGAGAAUCUGGAACGCAGCAAUCAUGUCCGAUACUACUUCGCCACCGUCGGAAAAAACCCAAAACACUUCAAUCCUCGCCGCGCUCCACUCCGACAUCAUCCACGCGCACAUCCUCAAGCGCCUCGACGCCGCCACGCUGGCAUCCGCUGCGUCCGUAUCCUCCCUCAUGCACCGCCUCUGCACACAAGAGGAUCUCUGGCGCCAAAUCUGCACCGCCACGUGGCCGUCCUUGCGCGACCCCAUCGCCCGUCGCGUCGUCUCCACCAUCCCCGGCGGUCACCGCUCCAUCUACUCAGACGCCUUCCCUUCCCUCCAUCAUUUCUCUCUGCAUUCCGUCCGCCCGCCGCCUCCACCGCCGGAGGAGCUUAUCUCCGCCGUGGACAUAUACUACGAGGGAAGGCCGGUGUUCUCGCGGGUAAAACGCAUCGAAACGCAGAAAGACUGGUUCCUCUCCUCGCCGCUGUGGGUGGACGCUCUCGAGCCUAACGAGAUGAUUCCCACGACGUUGAAGUUCACGAGGAAGGAAGAGAAGUGGUUGAAGCAGUUGGAGGAGAGUCUGAGCGUGAGCUGGAUUAUGGUGGAUCCUACAGGGAAGCGUGCGGCGAACGUUUCGAGCCGGAGGGCGGUAUUGGCGCGGCGGCACUGGCUGACACGGGAGGUGGAGGUGUUGUACGCAGCGGAGAUGGCGAGGGAAAGGGUGCAGUGCGUGGUGAAGAUCACGUGCGGCGGGAAGGUGGGAGGGGAAGUGCACGUGAGGGAGGUGAAUCUGGUUAUGGAGGACACGGAGGGGCGGCAGCUGAGUGGGAAGGAGGGUGUGGCGAUUCUGCAGAGAGGGAUGGAGUGUGGAGUGAGGAAGAGAGUGGAUGCUGUGAGGGAGAAGGAGAGGUUUCAGAAGUUCACGUGCUUGAUGAAGGAGAGCAGAGAAAGGAAGUUUAGGUGGGAGAAGGCACGUGAUCUUCUUUCAACACUCUUCGCUUUGCUUGCUUGUCUCUUCUUUUGCUUUCUCGCUGGAUUUUGACCUUUUUAACUCUGCUGUAGACUUAGUUAACUUAAUGUACAGUCACUGGAGAGGUGUUGUUCAACUGUUCCGGCGUGGAGGUGUUGUUCACCAUGCCCAACACUUUCUAUACGUCAUUGUUCGGCUGACUAUUGAGGGAAGAGUGCAAUAAGUAAAACGGUUUGUAUUGGGCUUCCUGACCAGUUUCAAACAGAGUAGCCCAAUACUCGCCCAAAUUAGAACCCAAUUAUUUUAUUUCACAAUGUACAUUUUGUAGCA